AAUCAUAAAAGUUCAUAGACUAUGCUCAGAAAGUGCACAAUUAACGAUUUUGCAUGCUCAUUAUCGUGUGUAUAUUCUUCCUGCGCGCCGCCCGCGCAUGCCGCCGAGGAAUAAUUGCCGAAAAACCAUAUCCGUGUAGACUUUAAUGCAUUUAAAAUUUUUUUUCUAUGUCCACUGGAUGUACAUGCGCAUGUGCGUGCAAUAUUUGAUGAAACUUGGUUGAGUGGUGCAAAAGAAAAACGCGGACAAAGAAGUUGCAAAGUCAAGUAUAAGAGCUUUCAUUAACGUAAUGGAAUGAGCAGUUAACCUUUUCCUACAAAUAGAUAUUUCAAAGAAUUUGUAUUUUUCUUAUUUAAAGAAUAUUAUACUGAUUAAGAAUGGAUUCAUGGAUGGAAGCAGAUUUAUAUGCACUUAUAGGUGCAUCGCAAACAGCUUCGAUACAAGAGAUAAAAAAAGCAUAUCGUAAAAAGGCUUUGUCUUGUCAUCCUGACAAAAAUCCAAAUAAUCCAAAAGCGGCCGAGUUAUUUCAUGAAUUAUCACGGGCACUGGAAAUCCUUACUGACACAUCUGCUCGGGCAGCUUAUGACAAAGUUAUAAAUGCUAAGUAUCAAGCGAAAUUGCGAGUUAAGGAGCUUGAUGCAAAGCGUAAAAAGUUGAAGGAAGAUUUAGAAGCACGAGAAAAUGCUUUCAAAAGAUCUUCAAAUUUGGAACAUGAUAUUAACAGUGAUAAAGCAAGAUUACAGGCUGAAAUAGAACGUUUGCAGAAAGAAGGAUCAAAACAAGUAGAAGAAGAGAUAGCACUUAUGAAAAAACAAAUCGACGAACAAUCAAAAGCAUCUUGUAGAGAAUACGAAGUUAAUAGUGGUUCCUAUAAAAUAAAAAUAAAGUGGAAAUCUGAUCAAAAUCAUCCGAAUGACAGUGGAUACAGUUAUGAUACAUUGUAUCGAAUUUUAUCAAAGUAUGGAGAUAUAACAGCUCUUGUUAUUUCCUCAGCUAAAAGAGGCAGAGCAUUAGUAGAGUAUCAAAAUAGAAAUGAUGCAGAAAUGGCUUUAAGUAUGGAAAUUGGAUUUGCACAGAAUCCACUAAAACUUCAAAAAUUAUGGGAUACAUCGAAACAAACAAAUUCUUCAAUCAAAGAAACAGCUAAUGUCCCUAAAAUUAUAAAAAGCGAGGUAAAUCAAAACAUAUCUGACGCGGAAUUCGAGCAUGCAGUAUUGAAUAACUUGAGAAAAGCCGAGGAAAGAAAAAGAUCAUUAGGAAAAUCGAAAUUGGGAGAAGGUACAGAAAAGUAAAGUACAGGAAUGGUA